AUGGUUCCGAACGGAUUGUACUUGAAUAAUUUGAUGUUACUCGUGAUCUUGGUUUCCCCCGGAUUCCAAUCGGUAGAAACCAGUUUACGCAGAAGACCGCAUGAGGUUCAAAUGAAAACCCUGAAAUAUCCCAGAGUUUUGGAAAGUCAAUUUAGAAAAUCAAUAUUGACAUGGCCUAAACAAUUUCGUGACCUUGAAGAACAACAUCAAAAAUUUUGGGGAAUCAAAACAAGUACUUUUCGCAACAUACAUGGUCUGUGUGCAACGGUCAAUCGUAGCCGGCCAAAAGCCUUGGAAUCGAGUCCAUUUAUCAUCGAUCGACCGGAGUUCUGCGAUGAGCGUCCCCAAGUUCGCUAUCUGAUUGCAGUUCAUUCACACACAAAAAGUCGUCAUCGACGUGAUCUGAUCCGAUCUACUUGGGGUUCGCUAAAACGUGUCGGGGGUGAACGUUUGGCCACGGUAUUUUUUCUUGGUCGCGCGCAAAAUGCGUGGGAACAACAGGAGAUCAACCGGGAAAGUGCCCAAUAUCGGUGA